GAUUGAGCAGAGGAUUACGUUGGUUUGCUCGAUAAGCUUUAGUUGAUAGUCGAGUGCAGCGACUCCGCACUCGCACCUGUGUCCGUGCUGCGUGAGGAUCGCGCGCCAGUGCCACACGCGCGCCGCCACUCGUCCACGAGUGUCGUGGACUUCGUAACUCCUUGUUCCUCUUCGUAGCUGCUUCGUCUUCACCAUGGCGAUUACCAUAGACCUGGAUGCCAUACUCCUGGAGCUGGGCCAGUUCGGCCGCUACCAGAUCCGCAACUAUUGCUACAUUCUGGUGGUGAUCCUGAUGAGCGCUGUCUAUAACACACAGUACAUCUUCGCUGCAGGAGACGUGCCUUACAGAUGCAUGGUACCGGAAUGCGAGUCACCUCCCUUAGAUUACGAGGCCGGUGCAUGGGGUACCUGGGCCCUGCCGGACUCCGGCGGGCGCUGCGAGCGCCUGCAGCCCCUGGGCGAGGAGUGCGCCCCCUCCAGCUUCCACACCAACGAGACCAAGAGCUGCCAGGCCUGGGUUUACGAGCAUAACAAUACUAUCGUCAGUACGUUCGACUUGGCGUGUAAGGACUGGAUGCGCACGCUGGUGGGCUCCAUCCACGUGGCGGGAGUGUUCGCCGCGCUGCCCGUCACUGCCUUCAUCUCCGAUACGUACGGUCGUCGCGUGGCGCUGGUAAUCACGGCGGUGUCUCCAGCCCUGAUGGGCGUCAUCCGCGCCUUCUCCUCCUCCUACGUCAUGUACCUCUGCUUCGAGUUCCUCGACUCCUUCGUCGGAGCUGGCGUUUAUAGCACUGCAUUCAUUCUCGCCCUCGAGAUGGUGGGUCCCGACAAGCGCGUGCUGGGCGGCAACCUGAUCUCCAGCACGUUCGCGAUGGGUCAGGUGGUGACGGCGCUGGUGGCGUGGGUGGUGCCCUACUGGCGCACCUACACGCUCGUCAUCUACGCGCCCUCCGUGCUCUUCAUCAUCUACUACUGGCUCGUCGAGGAGAGCGUGCGCUGGCUGAUCAGCAAGGGAAACAAUAAAGAAGCUGCCAGAAUUAUCUUCAAAGCUGCUAAGAUGAACAGAAAGAAACUGUCCCCAGAAACAAUGAGAACAUUAACUGACCAGCCUGAAGAGAAGAAACCUGUCCAAAAUGAAUCAGAGACGGCAGAGGUGGACUCGCGCUCAAUUCUAGUGCAAGUAAUAAAGUCUAAGAGGAUCAUGUGCCGGCUGCUGGUGUGCUCGUUCUGGUGGAUCACGCUGACGUUCGUGUACUACGGGCUGUCCAUUAACUCGGUGUCACUGGCAGGGAACAGCUACGUGAACUUCAUCCUGACGUCGCUGGUAGAAAUCCCCGGCUACUGCCUCAGCGUGCUCACGCUCGACCGAUUCGGCAGGAAGAGUUCCACCAUGACUGCCUUCAUCGUAUGUGGACUAUCACUUGUGGCCAUGCCUUUUGUACCGGAGUCUAUACCGUGGCUGGCGACGACGCUGAACCUGCUGGGCAAGCUGUGCAUCAGCAUGGCGUUCAGCAGCGUGUACAUCUACACGGGCGAGCUGUUCCCCACGCAGGCGCGGCACAGCCUGCUCGGCGCCUGCUCCAUGGCCGGCCGCAUCGGAGCGCUCGUCGCGCCGCAGACACCGCUACUGAUGGCGUACAUGGAGGCGCUGCCGUACCUGAUCUUCGGCGUGAUGGCGACGUCUGCGGGGCUGCUGAUGCUGCUGACGCCGGAGACGCUCAAGGCGCACCUGCCCGACACCAUCGCGCAGGCUGAGGACAUGGACAAUAAGAAAGUCUCUGCCGAGUAGACCGACGAACAUACUACGUAAACAGCUUAUGUGCCGGACAGUGGACAUAGACUUUCUGGUACAGCUUUUCAGAAUAUACAAGAAUUUUCAGCAAAUGUGCAAAUAUCUGCAGAUUCUGAAAAAAAAAGUAUAGCAUCUACUUCUAGGAAAAUUGAUUACUUUUUUGCAGCCCAAAGAGCUUUUCAUGUGUUUCUGAUAUCGUUGUACCGAUCGUUUAGGUUUGCAAGCCCAGUGUGUGUGAUUUGGUCCGGCAUUCGUGAUUUUUGUAGUCAUUAUAGUUUAAAUGAGUAUUUUUAAUGUGCAUAGUAUUAUAGCUAAAAACGUAGUUAUAGCUAAUUAUUUAAAGUUAAUUUAUCUGUAUAUUUGUGGUUUGUUAAUGUUUCUAGUGAUGGUUUUUGUGUGUGAUCAAUAUUUAUUUAGUUUAAGAAGUAUUCUAGUUGUAAGUAAUAUUAAAAACUGACAUUGUCAUUACAGAAAAGUUAAACAGAUUGCUGUUUAGUUUUUUGUAACAACAACAAGAAAGUACAAACCGAGGUUCUAAGUUGGUCAUGGUUGUAGUGCUGUGAAAUAAGUGAUGUAUUCUUAAUAAUAUAGAUUGAUGUGUUGUGUUCAUAGUUGGCGAAUACAAUAAUAUUUAAAUGUUCAUCGUAUGUACCUAUAAGUUCACUUUAUUGUAAGAAUAAGUUACCGUUUAGUAAAGGUUCUGUUGUACCGUUAACCUUUGUUUCAAUCUGCAAUAAAAAUGAUAAAACAAAUGUACCAUUAUGUAGAGCUACUUUCAAGUGAGCUUUGGUGGCAAUAACCACCUCAAUGUCACACCAUUACAGUAUAAGACAAACUGUAAAAAGAUAAUAA